AUGAUUCAAUAAAAUGUGGUAGAAGACAAUGAAACUAAGGCUUUAAUACAUUAUGAAAAAAGUUUGGUAUAACUUAUUGUAUUUAUCGAGGAAUUGAGAACAAAAUAUUAGUUUGAAGAAGCUUUAGAGGAAGUUAAUAAAACCAUUACAGCUUAAUCCAUAAUUAGCUAAAGCAUACACUUUACGUGGUUCACCCAUCAUAAUAUCUCUUAGGAGACAUAUAUGAAGAAUUAAGAAUGUAUGAUCGAGCAUUAGAAAAUGCAAAUCAUGGAAUAAGCUCAAAUACUCAUUUAUUAGAGAGUUAUUAUCUCAGAGGUAAACUUAUACAAAAUCAUAGCAACAAUAUAUUGGAGAACAAAAUUAUAUGAAUAGGCUAUACAAGAUUGUAUGCAAUGUCUUGAAAUAGAUAAAAAUUUUGCUUUAGUAUAUCAUCGAAUGGGUAUCUCAACAGUGAAUAAAUUAGGUAAAAUCGUGGGUUCAAAAGGGGAUAAAGAAAAAGAACUUGAAUACUAUAACAUAGCAAUUAGUUUAGAUGCUAAUUCUCUUAAGGCAUUUAUGAAUAGGGGUAUGGUUCAAUCUAAAAUAGGCAUAUUAUUUCAUAAUUAAGGGGAAUAUGAAAAAGCAUUAAAUGAUUAUUGUUAUGGCAAUACAAUCUUGGAUUCUAAACACCCUAUCGCUUAUUUUAAUAGAGGUAUACUUUAUAACUAAAUGGGUAAUUCGGAAAACGCAUUGUAAGAUUAUGAUAAAGCAAUAUUAAUUGAUCCAAAAUACGUUGACACCUACUUUUAAAGAGGUUUUAUCUAUUACAAAAAGGGUGAUAUAGAAAACGCUGUAAACGAUUAUAAUUAAAUAUUAUAACUAGAUUUUUCAAACAUUAAAGCCUAUCUUUAAAGAGGUUUAAUGUACCUCCAAAUUAACGAGAGAGAAAAGGCAAUAAAUGAUUUGAAUAAAGCAAUGUAACUUGAUCCUUAACUUUCUGAAAAUUAUAACCUUAGAAGCUUUCUAUAUUAAUAAACAAGUGAAGUAGAAAAUUCAUCAAAUGAUUGUCCUUAUGUAAUAUAAAGUGAUCUGCAAGCUAGUUUAUACUACUACAUCAGAGGUUUUAUUCAUUAAGUUAUGAGUAAAUCAGAAAAUGCAUUAAAAGAUAUUAGUUAAGCAAUAGAAAUUUAUCCUCUCAACUUUUAAGCAUUCUUUUUGAGAGGUGUAAUUUAUAACGAAAUGUGUAAAACAGAAGAAGCAUUCUAAGAUUUUAGUGAAGCAAUAAAAAUUGAUCCUAAAAAUUUUUAAGACUGGUUUUAAAGAGGUGAUGUAGUUAUUUCGAUUUUAGGUUUAAUUUAUGAAUAAAUGGGAAAUUUUGAGAACGCAUUAAACGAUUAUGAUUAGGCAAUACUAAUUGAUCCUUAAGACACUGAAGUUUACUUUAGAAGAGGUGAAUUCUUUAAUCUGAUUUAGGUUGUAUAUAUGAUCAAGAUGGUGAUCAAGAAAAAGUAUUAGACCAUUGUAAUUAAAUGA